ACCGUCCCGUGUGGGUGGGUGGCGGUCUUGUGUCUUCCCAGGGGCAUGAUCAAAGACUCGCGGCUGCUUUAAUAAAUGUGAUUUGUAAGCCAUGGAGCCACUGGAACUUCCUUGGGUGCCAGUGGGGUGGGGUGACCUGCUGGGGAGCAUUCCGCUGCCUCCUGAGAAGUGGCAGCAGCUGGCCUGCCUGUCUCAGCCCCAACUGGCUGACCUGCGUCCCAUCCUCCCGGCUGGCUGCGGGAUUCCUGCCCAGGAUCUCUGUCUUCAGUCCAGGCGCCUGUCUGGCCCGGCUGUCCCCACACCCUCGUCGCCAGCCCCAAGGUGUCAGAUUGCCUUUCCGGCUCCUCUUCCCUUUGCCCCCGACACCUGUCUGUUCUCCCACCCACCCUCAGUCCCCAGCCUACAGUCGGGAGGGGCAGACGGAGGACCUGGUCCUUGGGACCAGAUGGAGGGGCCCGUGCUGACCCUGGGGCUGCUGGCCGCCCUGGUCGUGACUGGCGGCUGGGGCCUGAAGGAGGAGGAGCGGCUGAUCCAGCACCUGUUCCAGGAGAGAGGCUACAACAAGGAGCUGCGACCCGUGGCCCGCAAGGAGGACAGCGUGGACAUCACACUGGCCCUCACCCUCUCCAACCUCAUCUCCCUGAAGGAAGUGGAAGAGACUCUCACCACCAACGUCUGGAUAGAGCACGGCUGGACAGACAGCCGGCUCCAGUGGGAUGCCAGUGAAUUUGGGAACAUCAGCGUUCUGCGCCUGCCCUCGGACAUGGUGUGGCUCCCAGAGAUCGUGCUGGAGAACAACAAUGACGGCUCCUUCCAGAUUUCCUUUGCCUGCAACGUGCUCGUCUACAACUCUGGCUACGUGUACUGGCUCCCGCCUGCCAUCUUCCGCUCCUCUUGUCCCAUCUCCGUCACCUACUUCCCCUUCGACUGGCAGAACUGCUCCCUCAAAUUCAGCUCGCUCAAGUACACGGCCAAAGAGAUCACGCUGAGCCUGAAGCAGGAGGAGGAAGAUGGCCGCACCUACCCAGUGGAGUGGGUCAUCAUUGACCCCGAGGGCUUCACAGAGAACGGGGAGUGGGAGAUCGUUCACCGGCCUGCCAGGGUCAACAUGGACCCCAGCACCCCGCGGGACAGCACCAGCCACCAGGACGUCACCUUCUACCUCAUCAUCCGCCGCAAGCCGCUCUUCUAUGUCAUCAACAUCCUGGUGCCCUGCGUGCUCAUCUCCUUCAUGGUCAACCUGGUCUUCUACCUACCGGCCGACAGUGGCGAGAAGACUUCGGUGGCUAUCUCCGUGUUGCUGGCCCAGUCUGUCUUCCUGCUGCUCAUCUCCAAGCGGCUGCCCGCCACCUCCGUUGCCAUCCCGCUCAUUGGCAAGUUCCUGCUCUUUGGCAUGGUGCUGGUGACCAUGGUCGUGGUGAUCUGCGUCAUCGUGCUCAACAUCCACUUCCGGACACCCAGCACCCACGUGCUGCCCGAGGGAGUCAAGAGGAUCUUCCUGGAGACCCUGCCCAAGCUCCUGCGCAUGUCCCGGCCGGCAGAGGAGGGACCUGGCCCUGGAGCCUUGGUCCGGAGAAGCAGCUCCCUGGGUUACAUCUCCAAGGCGGAGGAGUACUUCUCGCUCAAAUCACGCAGCGACCUUAUGUUUGAGAAGCAGUCGGAGCGGCACGGGCUGGCCCGGCGCCUCACGGCCGCACGCCAGCCCCCAGCAAGCUCUGAGCAGGCCCAGCAGGAACUCUUCAAUGAGCUGAAGCCGGCUGUGGAUGGGGCCAACUUCAUCGUCAACCACAUGAGGGACCAGAACAAUUACAACGAGGAGAAGGACAGCUGGAACCAGGUGGCCCGCACGGUGGACCGCCUGUGCCUGUUCGUGGUGACGCCCGUCAUGGUGGUGGGCACGGCCUGGAUCUUCCUGCAGGGUGCCUACAACCAGCCCCCGCCCCAGCCCUUCCCUGGCGACCCCUUUUCGUAUGACGAGCGGGACAGGCGCUUCAUCUAGGUGGGCUCUGGGGACAGCCUUGGGGACCGGGUGCAGGCGAGGCUGGCACCUGUCCCUGAGCUGGGUGGGCACACCUGUAGUCCCACACUUGGGAGGCUGAGGCAGGAGGGUCGCUGUGAGUUCAAGGCCA